CAGAAGGCGAAUUUUCCUCUCUUACAGCUAAUCGCUAUCGCAUCCGUCUCGGACUCUUAAUUUUCAACCAGUUCGGCUUCAGUGCCAUAAACCAGCUAAACUGGACUCACAACAGAUCAGAGCGGGGCAACAUUCUGAAGUUUCUUUUUUAAUCGGGAGGCUAAACGCAAUGGAGCCAGCCUUUGGCGAGGUGAACCAGCUAGGAGGUGUUUUUGUGAACGGAAGACCCCUGCCCAAUGCCAUCAGACUCAGGAUAGUAGAGCUGGCCCAGCUGGGCAUCAGGCCUUGCGACAUCAGCAGGCAGCUCCGCGUCUCUCAUGGCUGUGUGAGCAAGAUUCUGGCCCGGUACAACGAGACCGGCUCAAUACUCCCAGGCGCAAUCGGCGGUAGUAAGCCUAGGGUCACGACCCCUACCGUAGUCAAGCACAUUCGGACUUACAAGCAACGGGACCCUGGCAUUUUCGCAUGGGAGAUUCGAGACAGACUGCUUGCCGACGGCGUGUGUGAUAAAUUCAACCUGCCCUCUGUCAGCUCGAUCAGUAGGAUUCUGCGCAACAAGAUCGGAAAUCUGUCUCAACAGAGCCAUUACGAGUCGAGUAAACAGGGCCCUCAUACCCAGCCUCAGCCCACCCUACCAUACAACCACCUGUACUCGUAUCCUACUCCGAUCGCAGCCACUGGGACUAAAGUACCAACUCCGCCUGGCAUGCCCACUCUUCCUGGACACAUGGCAAUGCAUAGGAUAUGGCCUUCGUCUCAUUCUGUUACAGAUAUUCUGGGCAUUCGAUCAAUAACGGAGCAGCAAAUUAGUGACAGUCUGUCCUUCCCCAGUGCCAAACUAGGAGCUAGGAGUCAUUUUUCAUCAGCGAGUUCUCCACUAGUCAAUGGCGUGGAUAAGCCUCACUUAGAACCUGACGCUCUUUAUUUUCAGACGCCGAAUGGAUUGCCCACAGUGAACAGUUGUGUCACAGCUCCCAGCAUCCCUCCUUACCACCAUCCCACCCAAGUGUCACCCUACAUGGGGUACAGCGGCACCACGUCGGCCUAUGUGACCGGCCCCACAUGGCAGCCGCCCAGUGGCAGUGCUCUCUCUCCCCACAGCUGUGACAUCACCGCCCCACUGGCCUUCAAGAGCAUGGCUGCCACGCGAGACUCAGUCCAUCCCGUCACUGCCUCCGCUCUGUGACUUUAGAAGGAGUGUGGGGGGGUCAAAGAGACAAACCGAAAGAACGGAGCAGAGAGAUCGGGUAACACACAAUAACCCUGAUUUUGUCACACUGUCUCUUUCUGGAUGGACUAAUGUUAUGCCUUUUUCUAUAUUUAUGAAAGACUUGUCAGAUGAGCCAUGUACAAUUAUGAAUGCCCACGUUCUCCCACAACAAAAAAGAGCAAGAGUCAUAUGCAUAUGCAAAGACCUUCUUGUCUGAUCUGAACCCAGAAGAGGAAUUUUUACUAGUAAAAAACAUCUUCAGGUGCUUGAUGGUGUGCAGUGAACUUGGACUGAAAGUGGUGGGCAUUCCUCAUGAACUCGCUUCAUCACUAGUCUGAGAUAAAAUUUCGGUGCUUCUCUCUGUGAAUAUAUUUUGUUCUUGUAUGUUUUCAAGAAAAUGAUUGAAUAAGCAAUCUCAUGUUAAACGGCGACCAGUUUGCAUUUAAAUGUUUUUCAGGGUGUUAUAAAUUGCUAAUGUCUAGAUGUUCUUUGUUUCUUUUUUAUGUUUUUGAUAAAAAUCACCUUUUUGUCUUUUUGGAUACCAGUUUCACUUCACUAAUAAUGUAUGCCAGAGCUCUUGGGAAAAGUUAUUAUGUUUAUUUAUUAGACUGUAAGGUACGUUAAAUGAAGUGCAAUUGACACAGCCACGGGGAGAAGAGGCACCAUAUGGGACAUUGACGCACAUUCUGACAGCGGGAGCAAACAUUAAUAAUUGGUGAAACUGCACACCUCCAGACAUUGCACAUUGAAAUUGAAUGUAUCUUAUUAAAAGAGACGUGUAAAACCCCU